GCUUCAUCCUCAUCCCGCCUCUUCCCUCUGCCCCAGCUGUCUCCCAUCUGCAGCCACCACUCACUCGCGGCCUGUCCCCAUCCCUCUUUUCCGCCAUGCGAGCUUCAGCACAAACCAUGGCCGAGCCAUCCCCGGUCCAGGAGGACCUCGCUCGCUUCGACCUGCUCACCAUCCUGAUCACAAAUGAAGCAUUCAUUCACGCUGCGAGUCCACCAUUGCUCGCAAAGCUCCUGAGAGUCUCAAACCAGACUCGGGCCAUCCUCAACACUUAUCAAAUAUGGGAGCGAUUACUAUCUCCGAAUUCGCAGAUCACACCCGAAUUCCUGUUCGAGGGUGUCGAUCCCUCCAUCGAUCAGUUGAAAGUGACGCAAGGGCUCCUCUGCUACACACUUCGCCGGAACCAGCACAUGCCAAUCAGCUCAUCGAUACUGGAGAAAGAAAACGAGCUCUGGUCCGAAGUCUAUCGAGACAGACAGCUGUUCAACCGAGUGUUUCGAUACUGCCAAGUGACCGAUCCAGAGUUUCACUUCCCCGAGAACGCAAAACCAAACGGACUCAAGGAAUUAUCCGUCGAGGGAUUGAUAACGAUCGCUGAAAAACAAUACUUUGAAUUUCAAUGGCCGAUAUCUGUUGGAUUUUGGUACGGUGCCACGAUUCGACCAAGCCAGCGCAUGGACAGAUAUAUCUAUGUCUCCAAGCUUUUGCCAUUCGACAUCUCAGGAAUCAACGGCGCAAAGGAACAGAAACUGACACUCGAGGAUGUGUCGUUUCUGGAAGUGUCUGGAUGGCCCAAGACACUCUCCGAUAUUUCAAAUCUGGCGAUCAGGCAUAACUAUCGGGAACGAGUGACCGAUCCACUGAUCAGCUUGGAAGGCAUGCCUAAGGAGCUGCCUCGCCUGACAACGCUCGAUCUGAGUGGAUGCAGUCGACUGAAAUCGCUCAAAGGAGUGUCUGAGAUGCCAGAGCUAGUGGCGCUUCUCCUCCCCAGCUCCAUCGAGUCCUUGGAAGGCAUGCCGAAGGUCAUGCCUAUGCUGGCAACGCUCGACCUGAGUAGAUGCAGCCAACUGACGUCGCUCAAGGGAAUGCCUGUGAUGCCAAACCUGGAGGAACUUCUCCUCCCACCAUCUAUCGAGCCGCUUGAAGACAUCCCGAAAGUGCUGCCCACGCUUACAAGGCCCAGCAUGAGUAGAUGCGGCCAGCUGAAGUCGCUCGAGGAAAUAUCCGAGAUGCCGCGGUUUGAGAUCCUUCAACUCCUCGAGUCAACAGAGUCCUGAAAGACAUGCC